AUGGAAGAUUAUUAUAAAAAGCAGGGUAUUCUUGAAGAUGAUGAGUGGGAUGUGUUUAUGGAUUGUAUUAAAACAAGUUUACCAACUACAUUCAGGAUUUCUGGAUCUAAAAAGCAUUCUUUUAUUGUUAAACGUCAUUUUGAAAAUGAAUAUUUCCCUCUUUUUUCUGGUCUUAAACAUGAAGAUAAAGAAAUUGCUCACCCAAUUCCAAUUUCUUGGUAUCCAGAUCAACUUGGAUAUUCUCUUGAUGUCCCAAAAGCAGUUAUUCGGAAAAAUAAAGCUUUUAAGAGUUUUCAGGAUUGGUUAUUCUAUGAAACAGAAUCUGGCAAUAUAUCUCGUCAGGAAGCUGUAUCUAUGAUUCCUGCACUUCUUCUUGAUGUAAAAUCACAUCAUAGUGUUAUAGAUUUAUGUGCUUCUCCAGGAUCGAAAACUGCACAGCUUCUUGAGGCUAUUCAUGCCAAUAUUAACGAUGGUGAUGAGUCAUUGAAUUCUAAUGUUUCUCAAAUAUAUCCUAGAGGGUUCUUGAUCGCUAAUGAUGUUGAUUUCAAGAGGGCAUAUAUGCUUGUUCAUCAGGUUAAGCGUUUUAACUCUCCUUGUAUGAUUGUUACGAAUCAUGACGCAUCUAAAUUGCCAAAUUUUUUUGUAGAUGAAGGGAUUGAUACAUUAUCUGAGCCCUCUAAAACGUCAAAAAAACGAAUUCUAAAGUUUGAUCGUGUACUUGCAGAUGUUCCUUGUACUGGAGAUGGGACUAUUCGUAAAAAUCUUAAUUUGUGGAAAGAUUGGGAUGUAAGGCAAGCUUUUGGGUUGCAUUUGUCACAAGUAAACAUACUGAUUCGAGGUUUACAGUUACUAAAGGUUCAUGGGAAACUGGUAUAUUCGACAUGCUCGUUAAAUCCUAUAGAAAAUGAGGCAGUUGUAUCUUCUGUUUUGAGAACAUAUGGCAAUUCUAUAAGACUAGUUGAUGUUUCAGAUCAAUUACCUGAACUUAAACGAAGAAAAGGUAUUUGUGUAUGGAAAGUAAUAGAUAAUAAUGGUGAAAUUAUUGAAUUUGAUGAACGCAUCUCCAUGAAUAAUAAAAAAAUGCCGAGAUCGUUAUGGCCUCCAAGUGAGGAAGAGGUAGAGAAAUUUUCUCUUGAAAGAUGUUUGAGAAUAUAUCCUCAUCUUCAAAAUACUGGAGGGUUUUUUGUAGCAGUAUUUGAAAAGAUUGGAAAACUCAAUGAUUCAGGUGGUAAUAAUUCUGAAGAAAACUUAAAUAAACAAAAAAGAGAGUCAAAUGAUUUGGAAAUGAAUAUUGUACAGGAGGCGUCUGUUCCACUUAAAAAAAUUAAGACAGAGACUAGUUUCAUUGAUGAAAGAAUACAUUCAGAAAGCAUUUUAGAAAAUAUAAUUUCACAUAAUGAUAAUUUAUUUAAUCCUUUGAAUCCUACUGAGGAGAUGCAAGAAAAAGAUUCAAAAUUUCAGAAAAUUAGUGAGUAUUUUAAGUUUCUUCCGGAAAAUCAUGAAGAAAUAAAGCACAUUAAGUCAUUUUAUAAUAUUUCUGAUUCAUUUCCUUCUUCUGAAUACGUUAUACGUAAUGUUAAUGGGGUUCCUACGCGUUUUAUAUAUUUUUUAUCAAAAAAAAUAAAGAAUAUUUUAUAUCAUAAUGAAAAUAGAAUAAAAUUUGUCCAUGGUGGCGUAAAGAUGUUUACUAAACAUGAGCUUCCUAAAAAUGUUUCAGCUGAAAACAAUUGUAGGUGGAGAAUUCAAAACGAGGGUAUCGAAAUUUUGUUUCCUUGGAUAGGACCUGAAAGAGUUGUACAUGUAGGAUUUAAAGAACUAAAGAUCUUUUUAGAUUAUGGUUAUCCAAAGAUAGACAUGUUUCCUGAAGGAGAGGCAAGAACGUCAUUGGAAAAAAUGUCUUUAGGAUGUGCAAUAAUGGAAGCAAAUCUCGAAAAUGAUGACAAUGUUAAAAUGAAAUUUAAAGUAGUUGUUCCAAUAUGGAAAAGUAAUGUUAGUGCUAAUUUAAUGCUUUCAAAAAAAGAUAGAAAUGUUUUAAUGUUGCGCUUAUUUGGUUCUUUAUAUCGUCCUAAAGAUGAUUUUAAAGAUGAUCCAAAAGAUGAUUCAAAAGAUGACCCAAAAGAUAAUUCUAAAGAUGAUGAUUCAUCUAUUUUUGUCUCUGAUAAUAUAGAUAUUUAA